AUGGACAAAGAUGGCAACGCUCAUAAAGCAACCGGAGCGAUAUUUGCGCCAUACAAUUUUACGGAUGCUAAAGUACUUUUAAGGCCUAGUUUCCAGCAAUGCCCCAGUGUACCUGUCUUUUAUAUUAUUCGUACUCAUCCAGCAAAUAUAAGAUGGAGGAGUAUUAUUCGCUCAACGUGGGCUGGAUCUCUGAAACUUUCCUUAAUAUUUGUAUUGGGUGUUGAAAAAAUAGGUGAAGUAAAUGAAUUGGUAGAGCUGGAAGCUAAAAAAUACGACGAUCUGGUCGUUUUUGAUAUGAUUGAUAGUUACAGUAACAUGACGCUCAAGUCAUUAAAUAUUUUAAGUUGGAUAGUUCGAAAUUGCCAAGCGCCUCGAUUUUUUAUGCAGGGGGAUCCAGAUAUAGUGGCAUUUCCGGAUGAAAUAGCUUCAUAUACCUCGAAACUGGAUGCUAAUUUGGUAGCCGUAUAUGGAAAAUGCUGGAAGGGUGCAAGAGCACAUCGCGAAGAUAGUAGUAAAUGGGCUGUGAAUUCAUUUAUUUAUGCAUCAGUGACCUAUCCGACCUAUUUGGCUGGUGGUGCAUGGUUAUUCUCACCUGUAACUGCUGAGCGUCUCCUGAUGGCUCUCAAAAAGCCGCUAUCAUACAUUCAUAUCGAUGAUAUGCUUAUUUCGGGAAUAUUCGCAGAGCUUAUGGACAUACGCCGAGUAUGUCUAAAAACUGUUGGAUAUUUGUAUGAGUUUUCGUGGGAAAAAUGCCAUAAUGAUCAUGUUCUUGCUAUUUUACAACUGGAACAGCAUGAAAUCUUGAAUACAAUUCUGAAUUAUCGAAAAGCCUCGAUAGAAUGCUAUAGCAAGCGUUCCUCAUAA